AUGUACUCUACUACAAAGCGAUUUCCUGCAUCUUGCCGCUUCUUUACACAAGGCAAUUGCAGGGCAGGACAGGAUUGUCAUUUCGCUCACAUCUUACCGUUUAAUGGGACGCCUAAAAGCACAAUUCAUUCCGUCAUCAUAGAAGGAAACGAUGUGGAUUCACCAGCACAGGACCUCAACUCUAUACAAAAGGCCAUCAGGAAUCUGGAAUUGGGACAAUUAGAGAAAAAGUACUCUGCCUUCUUUCAGAAUACAGCACAAAAGGAUUUGAAUACGUUGAUUGAUCUCUUGUUACCACUGGAAGAUAAAGAGGAUCUCAAAGUGCAGCUUGUGAUUCCUUACAACUAUCCAGACACUCAGUGUACAUUGCAGAUCCAAAACAACAAUAUGACUACAAAGACAAAGAGCGACAUUCAAGCUGCUUUUGAGGAUUACGAAUGGCAUCAAAUGCGACACAAAACCUUGGUUCAACAGCUGGACUGGCUAACCACACAUUUCAACAACUUGUAA